GAGACGCGCUGUUUUAUUCGGAGCGAAUUUUUCCUCAACAUUUACGUGAAAUCGGUAUUUUAAAAGCCUACAUUCCUUUCCAGCUGCUAACCUCACACCUCAGCCAAAAUGACGACUGCUAUGCCAAUCAACCCGAAACCGUUCCUGAACGGACUGACCGGCAAACCGGUGAUCAUCAAGCUCAAGUGGGGCCACGAGUACAAAGGAUUCCUGGUGUCGGUCGAUGGGUACAUGAACAUGCAACUAGCUAACACCGAAGAGUUUGUCGACGGGCAGAACACCGGCCACCUUGGUGAGGUCCUGAUCCGGUGUAACAAUGUCCUGUACAUUCGGGGCAUGGACGACGAUGACGAGGAAGGCGAAAUGAGGGACUAGAGUGUGCGUGUAUUAAGAUCAAUUAGGUGUUAAGGUACUGUGUGAAGAAUAAACUAAUUUGACGGAGGAA